ACAUAUAACUUUUUACAAUAGGCUAGAAGAUAACAUUAGAAGACAAAAUGUUUUGCAUUUCAAUUUACAAAAGAUCUCCUUUGACAUAUAGAUUCCUAUCCAAAUAUUUAUUAUGCCCGUCUUUUUCCACAUUAAAUAAACAAUUACAACAAAUUCCUUUCAAGACUGGGUGCAACAAAAUCAUAACACAAUAUCUGAAAUUACUUGCAACGGAAAUAGAUUCCCAAGAUCUAACGUGUAUACUUUUAUGGGAUGAAUUAGCUAUUCAGCCUGCUGUUUAUUACGACAAAAAAACAGAUAGAAUCAUAGGUUUCGAAGAUUGGGGUAAUAGAAGGACAAGAAAAUUCGCCGAUCACUCCAUUGUUUUCUACAUUAGAUGUUUGGCAUCAGGCAAUCACAUGCCACUUGGUUAUGGUUACUGUUGUGGAACAACCAUUACGAUGCAAUUAUCGAAAUGUAUAAAAGAAUGGUUAACAUUAUUAAUUGAAUGCGGUUUUAAACCGGUUGCGACAGUUUGCGAUCAAGGUGCCACAAAUAUUGCAGCAAUCAAUUUUUUAAUUAAAGAAACACAAUCUGUGUUACAUAUACGUGAGUAAUUAUAAUGUAUGUUUAUCUUUGAUAAAUAAGUAAAUUUACGUUGCAAUAAAUUUAUAUGCAUACAUUUAGUAUAUAAAUGUAUACAUACAUACAGGGUGAUUCAAAAUAGGUAUAGUAUCCCUGAAAUGUCGUAUUGCUGAUUAAAUUCUGAGACGAUUUUUCUUUUAUCAAAAGAAAUUUUCAUAUAUUUUAUACAUAUAUACAA